GCAGCCAUGGAAGGGGGUGUGCAGCUCCUCAACCGCGACGGCCACAGCAUCUCCCACAACUCCAAGAGACAUUAUCACGACGCCUUCGUCUGCAUGAACCGCAUGAGGCAGCGCGGGCUGCUCUGCGACAUCGUCCUGCAUGUGGGCACCAAGGAGAUCAAGGCCCACAAGGUGGUGCUGGCGUCGUGCAGCCCUUACUUCCACGCCAUGUUCACAAAUGAGAUGAGCGAGAGCCGCCAGACCCAUGUCACGCUGCACGACAUCGACCCCCAGGCCCUGGAGCAGCUGGUGCAAUAUGCUUACACGGCUGAGAUCGUGGUGGGUGAGGGGAACGUGCAGACACUUCUUCCUGCUGCCAGCCUGCUGCAGCUCAACGGUGUGCGGGACGCUUGCUGCAAGUUCCUCCUCAGCCAGCUCGACCCAUCCAACUGCCUGGGCAUCCGGGGUUUUGCUGACACACACUCCUGCAGUGACCUCCUCAAGUCUGCACACAAGUAUGUCCUCCAACACUUUGUGGAAGUGUCCAAGACAGAGGAGUUCAUGUUGCUGCCUCUUAAACAGGUGCUGGACCUCAUUUCUAGUGACAGCCUCAAUGUGCCAUCAGAGGAGGAGGUGUACAGGGCUGUGCUCAGCUGGGUCAAACAUGAUGUGGACAGCAGAAGGCAGCAUGUCCCCAGGAGAGUGGGCGUCGCGGCCAUCGGGAACAAGCUGUACGCUGUGGGAGGCUACGAUGGGACCUCUGAUUUGGCUACAGUGGAGUCCUAUGAUCCUGUCACCAACUCCUGGCAACCUGAGGUGUCCAUGGGCACCAGGAGGAGCUGCCUGGGUGUAGCAGCACUUCAUGGGCUUCUCUACGCUGCUGGGGGGUACGACGGGGCCUCGUGCCUAAACAGCGCCGAGCGGUACGACCCUCUGACGGGUACCUGGACAUCCAUCGCUGCCAUGAGCACCAGGAGACGCUACGUCCGGGUGGCAACACUAGAAGGCAACCUCUAUGCUGUUGGGGGAUAUGACAGCUCAUCCCACUUAGCCACAGUAGAAAAGUAUGAGCCCCAGAUCAACACCUGGACACCCAUUGCCAACAUGCUGAGCCGGCGGAGCAGCGCCGGGGUGGCCGUGCUGGAGGGGAUGCUGUACGUGGCUGGUGGGAACGAUGGGACCAGCUGCCUUAACUCUGUUGAGCGCUACAACCCCAAAACCAACACCUGGGAGAGCGUGGCACCCAUGAACAUCCGCAGAAGCACCCACGACCUGGUGGCCAUGGAUGGGUGGCUCUAUGCAGUGGGUGGCAACGAUGGGAGCUCCAGCCUCAACUCCAUCGAGAAGUACAACCCCCGUACCAACAAGUGGGUGGCAGCCUCUUGCAUGUUCACACGCCGGAGCAGCGUGGGGGUGGCUGUGCUGGAACUCCUCAACUUCCCACCCCCUUCCUCGCCCACCCUGUCGGUGUCUUCAACGAGCCUUUGA